ACAAAAAAGAAAAAAAAAACUAUUUCUUCAAUUUUAUCAAUCUAAAUUUAAAGUGAACUUGGAGAGAGAUACAAUUCAUAUAUAUAUAUACAUAUAGACCAAACGUAAUUUUAUUUCGUUUUGGCAAGUGAUUUAAACACACAAAUGACAUUGGAGGAAAUCAAAGCAACUUUGCGACGUUAUCCGAAACUUGUGGGAUUGGGUGGAGUUGGUAUAUUAACCACUGCCGGACUUCUGCUCUACGAGUCGCCCCAUAUACGCAAAUUCCUUGCCCACUAUGUCGAUAAGAAAUCCCCGGAACCUGAUAAACGUCGCACGGAAUACAUCUACAUAAAAUAUCACAUUUACCGCGAAUCCAUGCGCAAGCUAAAACAAAAGGAGGAGGAUGAAAAGAAAUGGAUUAGUGUGAUAAUCAAUCCCAUUGGAAAAUGGUGGAAAUCUGCAAAGCAUUCGGUGGCCUGGCGUCUUUUGAAUAUAGCACAAAAUGGCACUCAACCGGAACGUUUGAAGGCUGUUCAACAAUUAAUAUCCAUGGAUCAUUUAAAGGAUUGGGAUUUUCGUCAUCUGGCACAGAUCUGUGAUGCUCGCACUGCGAUUUCUCUAGCCCGUUGCGGGGCGGACACUCGCUGGUUUUUGCCAGUGCAUCGACGUGGAUGCAUAAAGAAUCCCAAGAUGUUGCUUUCCGAAUUGCAUGUGAUGUUGUCUCGCUUGCGUCCUUUGUCCUGUGUAGAUCAUUUCUUUAGCAAAUAUUUUCCCGAACAGGAUGCAAUCGAGGACAUCCAUGAGUAUUUUACGCAAGAGCAACCGAUCAUAUUAUCUUCAGCCGACACGGAUUUGUUAAAAGAAAUCAUUUCGUUCCUGCAUCAUAUCACUAAAGAUCCAAAUAUAUCAGCUAAAAUCAUACGAGAAGGCGGCUUGGUGCAUUUGAUGGAGCUGCGAAAGAUAUUCUGUGAUGACAAUGAAACAUUGUCAACGCUAUGCAAAGUAUUGGCCAAUAUGUCCAUAGUUCCGGAUGUUGUAGAGCAUUUCUUUGCCUCUGGUUGGGUUGGAGCCCUGGCCGAAUGGCAACAGUGUCCUGAUCUUCGCCUGCAAGUUGUCUCUGCCAAGGCUAUGGCGAAUUUGGAUCACGAUGAUCCCAAUCAAAGCUCAUAUCCGCCCAAUGUCUAUCCCCUGCAUCCACGAGUGCGUACUCGUCGCAAGCCCAAAGCGGAUAUAGUCUUUGUGCAUGGUCUGCUUGGCGGAGUCUUCAUCACUUGGCGUCAGAGGGAUAGAAAACCCACCGAAUUGGGCCUGUAUGGAAAGAACGCUUUCUACACCAGUGAGACAGAUGAUGUUUUUCUAGUGGGCGAACAGAAACGUACGAAUGGAGCAAAUGGAGGCAAACAACCAAAGAAAGAUCAGCAACAACUCAAGCAAUCACAAAAUACUGCACAAAAUGAGAAUGAAAAUGCCCAGACUGCUAAAGUGGAAGCAAUUAGAGAUCCUGUACUUAAAGCUAGUAAAAAAGUGGAAAAGAAACGUCUUAAUAUCAGUGAUGCAGCUACUAAAGAGUUUGUUGAAACGCUACGUAAUGAGGCCGAGUUGGAUGCGGAUUGGGAGGUAGUCCAUCCAGACAUUCCCCUCAAUGCCAAUGAGAACUGCGGCGGAAUGUUCAGCGUGUCGGGCAACGAAUGGCGCAAUCAGGAUGGCUCUGAUGAAUACACAAAUUGUUGGCCUAUGGAAUGGCUGCCAGAAGAUUAUCCCGACUCUCGCAUUAUUGGCAUCGAUUAUACAUCUGCAGUGACCGAAUGGUCAGCCAAUUUUACCAAAUACUGCCCAUGUGAAAAGGGUCAGGGACAUAUUGAUGUACGAGCCAGCACUCUCCUGGAACGUAUCGCCGCCUCAGAUGUGGGUAAUGAUAGACCGGUCAUAUGGAUAGGACAUUCCAUGGGUGGCCUUCUGACCAAGCUAAUGCUGCUAAAGUCUAUCGAUUCGCCCGAAAGUAAAAUGCGCCAAAUAGCGAAAAAUACCAAAGGAAUUGUGUUCUUGGGUACACCACAUCGUGGCUCACCAAUAGCCAAAUGGAAGCAGCAUAUGCAAAUGAUUCUCUCCCCAUCGAUUGAGGUUAAAGAGAUGGAGGAGAAUGCCCCCAAAUUGCUGGAAAUGCAUCGCCGUUUCAUGGGUUGUUUACACUCCUGCCUUCGCCAUGUUAAGGUAGUCAGUGUAGCCGAAGGAUCACCCACCAUGUUGACUACAUUCAAAUUUCCAUUGCGUAUAGUCACCGAGGAAUCAUCGCGCAUCGACUUUGGCGACUUCUAUUUGCUCAAAGAUGAUCAUUUGAGUCUGUCCAAACCCAUUUACAGGCAAUCUUUUCUUUAUCAACGACUCUUGAAUGUUAUUCAAGAGGCUAUAAGAGAAAGAUCAGAACCCAAGGACAAAGAUGAUCAGUCACAGACGAAUCCACAGCAAGACUUAAUCCUUAUGCAAAUUGUGAACUCCAUUUUGAACGGGGCCAAAGGAUUACUUGAGCUAAUGCCAAGAGUGGCUUUAAAAUUCACCACUUAAAUAGACGAAAAACAGAAACGAAGAGUUCACGUUUGUACCUUAAUCACAACUUAAAAAGUAUUGUCCAUGACCCACAUCCUGACCACCUUGUAUAUACACUCAUAACUUUCCUGCAUCGAAUCUUAAUUUAUUUAAUUUGCCUCUAAUUUAAAAAUAUAAUAAAAAACCAAUU